AUGGACCCUCUGAUAUCCACUGUUCCUCCAUUCAUUUGCUCAAACUCACCAAAUAGACGACCCUUGAUAUCCACUGUUCCUCCAUUCAUUUGCUCAAACUCACCAAAUAGACGACCUUCUGAUAUCCACUGUUCCUCCAUUCAUUUGCUCAAAACUCACCAAAUAGACGACCCUCUGAUAUCCAUUACGACCCCUCUGAUAUCCCUGUUCCUCCAUUCAUUUGCUCAAACUCACCAAAUAGACGACCCUCUGAUAUCCAUCCUGUUCCUCCAUUCAUUUGCUCAAACUCACCAAAUAGACGACCCUCUGAUAUCCACUGUUCCUCCAUUCAUUUGCUCAAACUCACCAAAUAGACGACCCUCUGAUAUCCACUGUUUCCUCCAUUCAUUUGCUCAAACUCACCAAAUAGACGACCCUCUGAUAUAUCCACUGUUCCUCCAUUCAUUUGCUCAAACUCACCAAGUAGACGACCCUCUGAUAUCCACUGUUCCUCCAUUCAUUUGCUCAAACUCACCAAAUAGACGACCCUCUGAUAUCCACUGUUUCCUCCAUUCAUUUGCUCAAACUGGGCGACCUCUACGACCUUCUGAUAUGUUCCUCCAUUCAUUUGCUCAAACUCACCAAAUAGACGACCCUCUGAUAUCCACUGUUCCUCCAUUCAUUUGCUCAAACUCACCAAGUAGACGACCCUCUGAUAUCCUACGACCCUCUGAUAUCCACUCACCUCCAUAUCCAUUUGUUCAAACUCCAUUCAUUUCCUCCAUUCAUUUGCUCAAACCAUUAACAGACGACCCUCUGAUAUCCACUGUUCCUCCAUUCAUUUGCUCAAACUCACCAAGUAGACGACCUUCUGAUAUCCACUACGACCCUCUGAUAUCCACUGUUCCUCCAUUCAUUUGCUCAAACUCACCAAGUAGACGACCCUCUGAUAUCCGUUGUUCCUCCAUUCAUUUGCUCAAACUCACCAAUAGACGACCUCUGAUAUCCACUGUUCCUCCAUUCAUUUGCUCAAACUUUCACCAAGUAGACGACCCUCUGAUAUCCACUGUUCCUCCAUUCAUUUGCUCAAACUCUAAAGUAGACGACCCUCUGAUAUCCACUGUUCCUCCAUUCAUUUGCUCAAACUCACCAAAUAGACGACCUCUGAUAUCCACUGUUCCUCCAUUCAUUUGCUCAAACUCACCAAAUAGACGACCUAUGAUAUCCCUGUUCCUCCAUUCAUUUGCUCAAAACUCACCAAAUAGACGACCUCUGAUAUCCACUGUUCCUCCAUUCAUUUGCUCAAACUCACCAAAUAGACACCUUCUGAUAUCCACUGUUCCUCCAUUCAUUUGCUCCAACUCACCGUGUAGACGACCUCUGAUAUCCCUUGUUCCUCCAUUCAUUUGCUCAAACUCACCAAAAUAG